UAUACCUUGUUGGCCCCACGACUGAGCCUCCUUCAAUCCUUUCAUCCAUCAAAAAUAGUUUGUGAAGUCUCCAAUUCCCGUGGGGAACGACACGACAUCCUGGAGUCAACAUGCGCAAAGAGAUUGAGGUAGCGCCUCGGAGGCCGGAUUCUCAAGUCACGGUCCACACAUCACUUCUCUUCGACUCCAAGCAUAAGAAGCUCGUUUCAGAAACUUCUAUUGUGAUUGACACUCAGACCGGCCUUAUCACUAAGGUUUUCAAGCGAGAGAAACAAUUACCCUCUCAUAAUAUAUCGAGCUCGAACACCAUUGACCUUCGAGGCCUUACAGUGCUCCCUGGCUUGGUAGAUGCUCACACGCAUAUCUUUCUCCACUCCUACUCCGAGACACCAUCUAUCAACCAAGAGCGAGAUGAAAGCUUCAUUGAAAGGAUCGUUCGUGCUACGAAUCAUGCCAAAAGCGCGCUCGACGCGGGCUACACCACGUACCGUGACCUGGGUACCGAAGGGCUGAGGGAUGCAGACGUCCAUUUCAGAGACACUAUCAAUCGUGGCAUCAUUCCCGGCCCACGGAUGUUCGUCGCCACAGAGUGCAUCACCUCCAGCGGUGGCUAUGAGAUCAGGCAGGAGAAUGGCAUGCCGGGAGGUACUACUGUACCUAGGCUUUCUGAUGCUGCCGAAGGAGUGGACGGGGUGCGAGCUGCUGUUCGUCGGCGACUUGGUGCUGGUGCAGACAUUGUGAAGUUCUACGCCGACUACCGCAAACGGCAGCUGCGAUUUCCUCCUGCAGCUUGGCCAGGUGCGAAAGAGAUUAUGUUCCCGCCAUCGGGUAACUUUUUUUCAGGAGACCGCAACCCCAGCUUGCUUCAGUUCACCCAGGAGGAGAUGAACGAGAUGGUAGCAGAGGCAAAAAGAGGGAAAGCACCCAUAGCUGCACAUGCACUGAGCCCCGAAGGAGUCAUCAUGGCUGCCAAAGCUGGAGUUACUUCAGUCGAACAUGGCUUAGCCUACGAUGGCCAUAAGCCCAGCGAGGAAGCCCUGCAAGCUCUGAAAGAAAAUGGCACGAUAUUCGUCCCAACGCUUUCCGUGUUCGACGCUGAGCUCCAUAGAGGAGGAGGAGAUAAAGACGCAGAGCGUGAUUUGAAGGUUGUCCUUGAUCAUGCGAAAGCCGCCUUUGAUAAAGGCGUAAAACUUGCAACUGGUGGCGACACGGGUGCUAUCGCUCACGGCGAGAACGCGCGGGAGAUAGAGUUGAUGGUAGAAGCGGGUAUACCGAUAUUGGAUGUCCUUCAAAAUGCUACUCUACAUGGCUGGGAUUCAUGUGGUGGAGACCUUUGCGGGAGGAAAUUUGGAUUAGUAGAGGAAGGUUGGGCAGCUGAUCUCAUAGCUCUAGAUGGUAAUCCGACAGAGGAUAUAGGGGCCAUCAGAAAAGUGAAAUUCGUGAUGAAGGAUGGAAAGGUAUAUAAAUGAAAGGGUUGUAAUUGAUAGCACAAGGAGUCCAUGAAGGUUAAUGACCUGAGUCUGUCGAUGCUUCUUUUGUUUGUACUCAGCAUUAAUCACCGAGCCAAUUUUCUCCUUGGGUCCUUUUGGACUGAUGAAGAUAUUGGACAUAGGA